AUGCAUAUGAUCCUUGUCAAAUGCCACAGGCUUCUAGUACCCGAGAUCGUGCUGCCUAGCCCCUCAGGUCCCCGCUACCUCAACCUCAGCGCAGCGUAUUGCAUUAUGGGCGCUACUAUCUCUCAAUUGUGGACGCCUCCUAUGAUCGACAUCGCCGUUGUCGGGCUUCCAUCAGCUGGCAAGACUGCAAUAAUCCACAAGCUCAGUGGAGGCCAGAAACCAACACAGCCAUUAAACGAAACUGUUAACACCACACAUUUCUCCCAAGGGUCUCAACAAUACUUUUUCUUCGACUACUCCGGAAACGAAAAGGUGAGAGCAAUAUGGAGAGUGUUCCUAUCAAGAAAGGAAGCACUUGUCUUUGUCAUCGAUAGCACAAAUAGAGACAAUAUGGAGGAAACCAAGGAGGCGUUAUGGAACGUAUUACGAAACAUAAUGCUUGAUGGUCAGCCUGUGCUGAUUCUUGCGAAUAAACAAGACCAUCCGAAAGCUAUGAAUGUACUGGAGCUCAUUGAGUGUCUCGAGAUAGAUAAGGAUCUUGAGAAAAACAAAAACUUCGUCCGUGUUCUUUUCCAUCAAUCACUGCGCAUUGUAGCAACGAGUGCUAUUACCGGCGAGAAUCUAGUCGAAGGACUUGAGUGGAUGCGACAAGUUUACUUCCAAGAUGACAUUGAUAACAACCCGAUUCAAGACAUUCAAGAUUACAAGUGA